AUGGAGGAUGAUGCGGAGGAGUUAGCGAGUUCCGGAGGUUUAUCGGUGAGCCAAACCAAUCGAGCCCAAUGGAAUGAUGUUAAUAGUGCUUGCUUGUUAGAAUUGUGCCUGGAGCAACGUGCAGCAGGAACAUAUAAUGGUUCACAAAUGAGUGGUGAAGGUUACGGAGCCGUUAUCGACGGGUUACUGGCUAGAAGGCGUUUGCUUUAUAACCGUUUACAGGUGAAGAACCAAAUACUCAUACUGAAAAGCACCUACUCUUUCUGGUGUUACAUGCAAACACACACGGGAUUGGGGAGGAAACUAGAUGGAUCCAUUGAUGCCGACUCUGAUUUCUGGAUAACAAAUACAGAGAAGAAACCAUACCUAAAGAAGCUGAAGUGGGGUCCUCCAGCAAAUGAGGAUUUGCUUGACCAACUUUUUAGAGGGUGCACUGUGGAUGGAAGCAGUGCCUUUGUGCCUGGAGAUGAUUAUGGUGAGAGUCAGGGGCAAGAUGAAGAGUCAGAGGAAGAGGAAGACUUUCAAACAACACCUAGAAGUACAAGCACCCAGAGGAGCCAGAAGGGCAAGAGGUCAUUAAGCACUUCAAGCAUUUUGUCAAGUCCAGUGAAGAAAAGCAAGAGCCCAAUGGUGAAGGUUGUGACGGACAUAGCCAGUACCUACAAGGAGUCCGUCGCAAUCAACACUAAGGAAAUGCAGAAACGUGCAAUUGAGAAGGCUGCACGUUCUGUCGAGAGGUGUCAAGAGCUGGCAUUUGAGUGUGGCGUUGAGCGAACCGUUGAAGCUGUCUAUGCUAUGUCCAAGAUGUUCAAAACAAAGUACCAAAGGGAGUUCUUCUGUGGCAAAUUAACUCGUGACCUUAGGUUGGGGUACUUCAAGAAAUGGUGCAGGGACAACAAUAUGGAGUAG